CUCUUCUCUCUUUGACCAAAUCAUUCUCCAUCCCCAAGGUAAGGCCAAGUUUUCACUUUCAAGAUCCUUCUCGUUUUUUUUUGCUUUCCAUGCACAAGAUUAUGAGAUAAUGAGUUUCAAUGCUCUUCAGGAUUCACCAUCAAUCACCACCACUCUAAAACAUGGAUUCAAAUAUCAUAUAUGAUCACCAAAACGUCAUACUAGGCCUGGCGCCUGUCCUAACAUACGCAGCCUGCGAAUGGUUCCUCAUAUUCCUCAUGCUCCUCGACGCUCUUCUCUCCUACCUCCUCGUCUGGUUCGCACGCUACUGCAGCCUCCCUCUGCCGUGUUUCCUCUGCUCCAAGCUCCUUCACCCUCUCCACUGGAGACUCCUCCUCUGCAGAAGCCACAGAUCAGAGGUUUCAUCUUACAUAUCAUGUCUCAACCACGACAACAACCUCGCAGACUGUCGAGGAAUGUGCGACGAUUGUCUCUUGUCAUUCACCAAAACGACCGGUCCGGAUCCGGACAUGAACAGGUUGCUUCUAGGGAAGCUAGGGUACGAUCUUCUCUCCACAAGCCAUUUCGCUCAUCCUCCUAGAUCAUGUUCUUGUUGCGAUAAACCGUGGAGGACAAGGCACCAUACGCAGAGACUGAUUAGGCUAGGCUCUAGGGGUGCUGCUAAGCCUAACAUUCCUGCUGCUCCAAGGCAUCAUCAUCUUACUCGAAGAGGAAGCGGUGGGAGUUUGAAGAAGAUGAGGAACAACCUUAAGGCUGUAGACGCUGGAAGCCGCAGCGAUGGUAUGGCUCACGUGGGGUACGCAGAGCUGAAGAUUCACUCGGAGUCUGAAUCAGAGUUCUUGUUUACGGAUGAUGAUGCGUUCUUCCAGACGAUAGACUUCAGUGGUGAGACGUCUGAGAGACGUGUUGUUCACAAGUCUCGGUCUCGGGAAUCUUUGAAAGACAAGAAGGUGUUGAAGCGUAAACAGCCUUAUUUGCGAGAUAACAUUAAACCGCGUGAGGGUAAGCUUGUGGAUAAGACUCAGCAUCAGCCUAUUGAAGCAAGGGAGGAUGAAGAUGUAAUCUCUGAGCUUAUAACUAUGAGUGAAGCUCGUCCCUUCUCAUUGGACUUACCUAAAGAGGAAAGAGCAGGAGGAGGAGUAGCACAAAGUGAGAAUGAAGCUGAGGUAAGUGGCAGCUCAUCUCCUUCUGGUGGCGAAUUCUUGAGCCCUUCUGGAGACAAUAGUACCUCUAAUGAAGUCCAGAUUCAAUCAGACUUUGAUCAGAACAUAUCCCAUUCAGCUGUAGAGACAGAAGCAGCUGUGGAUCAAAAAGUCUGUGAUCACACAGACGUGCCUGGUUCUGUUGCAGAUGAACCUUCUAGUGAUGAGGAGAAUGUAGUUGAAGGAGAUUUGACGACCAAUGAUAUGCCAGUUUCUCUGGCAGAUGAACCUUCUAGUGAUGCGGAGAAUGGUGUUGAAGGAGAUCUCAAGCCUUUGACGACCAAUGAUGAAGAGUCAAAUGAGGUUAGUGAAAACAAUGUUGCAGAAGAAUAUUUCAGUAAUGAAGAAGAAGAAGAAGCUGAGGUUAAUGCACCUUCUGAGCCUUCAACAUCAAAAGAUGUAACUGGUUCAUUCGCUUUAGAACAAUCCCAUUGCAGUCAUGAAGAAGAGAAUGUGGAUAAUGGAGACUCUCAACCUUUGACAUCAAACAAUAUGACUGGAGAACAUUCCAGCAAUGAAGAAGAGGAUGUGGAUAAUGUGACUGGUUCUGCCACAGAAGAACACUACGGUAAAGAAGAGCAUGGAGAGACUGAGCCUUUGACAUCACCAAAAAACUCCAACGAAGGAUCCUCAUUAGAACAUAGCGAUGAUAAAGAUUCCUCCAAGGUAACAGAGACUCUAAAUACUUCAGAUGAAACAGUACCGGAGCUAAAACAAUCAGCUUCUGUGGAGUCAUUUGUAAGCAUUAGCAGUGACAUUGAAGGCGAACGUCUAGUUGAUCUGUUGAAGCAACAGCUAGAGCAAGACAGGAACUCCCUAAAGGAGUUGAGUAAAGAAUUAGAGGAAGAACGAAACGCCUCAGCUAUAGCUGCAAAUCAAGCAAUGGCGAUGAUCACACGGUUGCAGGAGGAGAAAGCAGCUCUCCAUAUGGAAGCUUUACAGUACCUGCGGAUGAUGGACGAGCAAGCUGAGCACGACGUCGAUGCACUUGAGAGAGCAAACGAUGUCUUGGCUGAUAGGGAGAAGGAAAUACAAGAUCUUGAGAUGGAGUUAGAGUACUAUAGAGUUAAGUAUCCAGAUGAGCCAAGAGAAGAGAUCCUCGCUAGCAUGGGAGUUCUUGAGAGUAUAGAAACCAGCGGCAACUCAACAACUGAUGAGACCAGUGAGAAAGUUCCAACAGACAUUUGAGAAAAGAGUAAACAUUUCCGGAAGCUGCAUCAAUGGAAGAAGAAUACUCGAUAGUGCUGGAAGCUCACAGGCCUGAGACUAGUGAUGGUCACAGGAGACACACAACAGAAUAAUCUGCAGAGGCAUACAGAUACUGUACCAGCAUUCAAUGCAGAA